CUGUUCUCAUGGAAACUGAGAUCCUUCCGCUUCAACAAUGGCGUCCGAAGUGCCGGGAGGGGACGUGGUUCCCUCUUCUGACGACACAAAUACACAACAAGGAGGGACUGAUAAAGUCUUAAUGACGGAACAAGAAACUAAACAGAGUCACAAUGACAUCCCCGAGGCCACGGCGGAACAGCAGGCGGCGGACCAGGAGAUUCGGAGGGAGCUCACCUCAGCAGGGGCCGACCAGGGAGGGCCAGAUAUUUGGGACGAAGAGUUGAGGGACGAAUUAUUCGGAUACCAAUCACCUAUGGAGGAUCCUUACACGAGAGCGCUCAAAUACCUGGAAAAACACCAGGUCAUGGAACUGUUUAAGGGUCUGACUGCCAACAUCGUUUACGACCGUCCAGCCGACCCACUGCAGUUUAUGUUGGAAAAGGUAGAGGGCAUGAUAAAAGAGCGUGAAGAGAAAUGGGCAAAGGAAGUGGAGACGCAAAAGAAAGAACAGGAGCAAGGCUCAUGACUGGCAUAUCAAACAUGACAUCCCAUGGUCUUUUACUUUUACUAGCUGUACCAUGUACAUAGUGAAAUGACAUUUCAUGGUCUGUGGUUGGCUCAGGACAGGGUAAUAAUUGCACUUUUUCUUUUAGUGCAAUGUGAAGUUAAAGAUCUUGAGCACCUGUUUACAGUGGUCAUUUGACACAUAUUUUCAGCAGUCAUUCUUUAAAAGUUUCACUGUUAUAACUUUCCAUUAAUCAUCCAGUUGUAAAGAUGGAAUUGGUUUAUACAUAUCAACAGCAGUAAUUAAGGGGAAUCAUCCCUUGCAAAGAGCAAACAUGACCCUAUGUCUACUUCAUUGCCUUUGGAAUUUAGGAGUUAUGAAGAAUGUGAAUAGAUUGACACACUGAUCAUGUUGAUAAAUCAAAGGACUAAGUUUGCUCAAAGCCUAUAUAAAAUAUUGGUAGGCAUAACAAUCAGUUGGUUUCUGUCCUAAUUAUGUUACGCAGUAAACGUACAUGUAUAUAGAAAAAAGUGACAGAAGUCAUCCAUAGCAUUACCAAUUUGUUUUAUUGUAUUGUACUGUGGCUUGGUCAUCACGAAUAAAUUUAUACAUGCCUUGA